AUGGGAAUCAAAGGGCUCAACGCUCUUGUGGCGGAGAACGCGCCACGCGCCAUCAGAUCAAGCGAGAUGAAGUCUCUGUUUGGACGCAAGAUCGCAAUUGACGCGUCAAUGUGUCUGUAUCAGUUCCUCAUUGCUGUCAGACAGCAAGACGGUAACCAGUUGACAAACGAAGCAGGAGGCACCACGUCGCAUCUCAUGGGGUUUUUCUAUAGAACCAUUCGAAUGGUGGGCAACGGCAUCAAGCCGUGCUAUGUGUUUGAUGGAAAGCCUCCUGUCCUCAAAGGAGGAGAGCUGGAAAAAAGGCUCAAGAGAAGAGAAGAGGCCGAACAAAAAGCUCUGGAGCUGAAAGAAACGGGCACGGUGGAGGAAUUGCAAAGAUUUGAGAAAAGACAGGUCAAAGUGACCCGCGAGCAAAACGAACAGGCACAGCAUCUGCUCAGGCUCAUGGGAAUACCGUACGUGAUCGCGCCGUGCGAGGCCGAAGCACAGUGUGCGGAACUGGCCCGUAAGGGAAAAGUGUAUGCUGCUGCCUCCGAGGACAUGGAUACGUUGUGUUACCAGCCGCCAUUUUUCUUGAGAAACGUCACUGCAGCAGAAUCGAAGAAACUCAAGGUCGAUGAGUUUACCACUAGCGCUGUCCUGGAAGGUUUCGGGAUGGACAUCAAUACUUUUGUUGAUCUUUGUAUUCUUCUUGGAUGCGAUUAUUGUGAGACCAUAAAAGGCAUUGGCCCAGUGACAGCCUUCAAAUUGAUCAAGGAGCAUGGGUCCAUUGAAAAGAUCAUAGAGUUUAUCGAGAAUGAUCCCAAAUGCAAAUACAAGGUUCCCGAAAACUGGCCUUAUAAUGAAGCCAGAGAACUGUUUUUAAAUCCAGAGGUACUGAACGGAGACGACAUUGACUUGAAGUGGACGGACCCUGAUUUAGAUGGCUUGAUCGAGUUCAUGGUGAAGGAAAAUGGGUUCAACGAACAACGAAUCAGAGACGGUGUGGAAAAGCUCAAGAAGGGGCUCAAGGGAGGUGUGCAAGGCAGACUGGAUGGAUUUUUCAAGGUCAGUGUGAAGGCGGAAACAAAGAAGCGUACGGAGACACAAGACACCAAGAAGAAUAAGCGUGCGAAGAAGAAAUGA